AUGUCGGUCCUUACACAGGAUCGUGAGCGUCCACCAUCCGAGCGAAAAGGUUUAGAGAUCAACAGUUCACUGUAUCGUUCUACGCCGUACAUUGACGAGUUUGGCGUUUUGCGGGUUGACGGAAGAAUAGGAGCGGCUAAGCAUGCGGAGGUGGGAAUGAAGUUCCCAUCCAUUCUACCAAGAAGUCAUCGCGUCACGAGUCUCAUACUUCAUGCAUUCCAUCGAAAGUUCAAGCAUGCCAACUUCGAGACGGUUGUGAACGAAAUUCGGCAGCUGUAUCAUGUACCUCGACUCAGAGUGACUGUCAAGAAGAUCAGCAGUGAAUGUUUGAUUUGCAAGUUGCGCAAAGCGGUUCCUCAGAUCCCACGGAUGGCCCCUCUUCCACCGGCUCGUCUAGCAACGUUUGCUAGGCCGUUCACCUACGUAGGAUUGGAUUUCUUCGGACCACUGGUGGUAAAAGUCGGGCGAGGUAAUGCAAAACGAUGGAUUGCUCUCUUCACUUGUUUGACCAUUCGAGCUGUACAUUGUGAAGUAGUUUGUAGUCUAUCGACGGAAGCUUGCGUAAAGUCUAUUCGCCGUUUCGUGUGUCGCCGAGGUGCACCGGCAGAAAUUUACUCAGACAACGGCACCAACUUCCACGGUGCCGAACGUAUAUUGAUGAAGCAAAUUCAGCAGGGAGUUGCUGCAACCAUAACAAGCACGACCACCAAAUGGUUCUUCAUCCCACCAGCGUCACCCCACAUGGGUGGGGCGUGGGAACGUAUGGUGCGUUCAGUUAAGCAGGCAAUGCUGGGCGCCUACAAUUCCGACAGGAAACUGGAUGAUGAAUCUCUUUUGACGUUUGUCUCUGAAGCGGAAAGCAUGGUCAACAGCCGACCACUCACUUAUCUCCCUCUGGACGCAGAGGAAACCGAAGCAUUGACUCCGAAUCAUUUUUUGUUAGGAAGCUCAAGUGGUGUACGACAGCCGGUUGUUGAACCAACUGACAACUCAGCCGCCCUCCAAAAUACUUGGCAUUUGAUCAACCAUCAACUAGACGGCUUCUGGAAACGAUGGAUCCGCGAAAUGUUACCGACCCUAACAAAAAGGACCAAGUGGUUUGGUGAAGUGAAGAUGGUUAGCACUGGAGAUUUGGUGAUGAUCAUAGACGACAGUAAAAGGAACAACUGGAUCAGGGGACGCAUAGUGGAGGUAAUCAAAGGAUGUGACGGACGAGUCCGUCAGGCGGUAGUAAGAACUGCAGGGGGCUUGCUGCGCAGAUCUGUCUCUAAGCUAGCUAUCUUGGACGUCCUGGCUAAUGGUAAAAUUGGAACCGGUGGCCAAUGUUACGGGGGGGAGGAUGUUGCCUCUGGGCACACUGCUCCGAAUCAAACGAACGGAGUGUCGUCGACGCUUAACGAUGGCCUUGACAGGUCAAAAGCAGAUGAGGUCGAUGACGAGGCAAAAGCAUUGAAACCGGCAUGCAGAGAAGACUAG